CGGAUCGCGCGGAGCGACGGGCGCGCUCGGGAGAGGGAGUCUCCAUUUUUCUGGUUCGUGCCGCCGGCGCGCUCUUCAGGCCCCUCCUCCGCACCCAGUUUCGGGGGUCGCCUGAAUAACCUUAUCUGAGAAAGAAGCCCAGAAGAAGAGGGAAAAAAGGAGGAAUGGCUCUUUCCCAGGGACAGGUGACCUUCAGGGAUGUGGCCAUAGAAUUCUCUGAGGAGGAGUGGGAGUGUCUGGACCCUGCUCAGAGGGCCUUGUACAGGGACGUGAUGGUGGAGAACUACAGGAACCUGGUCUCCCUGGGUGAGGAUAGUUUCCCUCCAGAAGUCGGAAGCCUUUCUGCUGGAUUUGCAAUCAAGGACUUAUCACCAAUAGAGGACAUUAAUAAAGGAGAAUUAUACCACUUAGUGAUACUGGAGAGAAAUGAAACUCAUAGCAUCAAGGAUUUUGAUCUCAAGGAAGUCUGGGAAAAUAUGCAUGAGUUUGAGAGUCACUGGAGAUAUGAUGCAAGAAAUUACAAAGAAGUGCCUUUGACACAUAACAAAAAUCUCAUUCAUAGAAAAGAUCAACAGCUUAAUAAAUCCUCAAUUACUUUUCCUCAAAAGCAGAGUAUUACUGUAAAAAAUAAUACAUACCAAUAUUUCAUGCAUGAUGAGCCAUUUGUAAGGCAUUUGUUAAAACUGGAAAAUAACAUAAGUGGUGCUGGAAACUGGUACAUAAACUGUUUGGAAAAUAGAAUUGGAUUAAGUUUGCAGGGACACCUGGCUGAACUGCAGAGAUUUCAUACUGAGGAAAAAAUGUAUGAAUAUAAUCAAGUUGAGAAAUCUGUCAACAAUGGUUCCUCUGUUUCACCACUUCAGAGAAUUCCGUCUAGUAUCAAAAACAUUUGGAAUAAAUACAGGAAGAUUUUAAAAUAUCCUUUGUUACCUGCACAAUACAGAAGAGCAUACACUAGAGGAAAAUCUUACAACUGUAAUGACUGUGGGAAGGCUUUUAGCAAAAGCUCAAAUCUCAUGAGUCAUGAGAGAAUUCAUUCAGGACAGAGACCUUACAAAUGUAAUGAGUGUGGCAAAACCUUUACGGAGCGUUCACAUCUUACUCAACAUAAGAAAAUCCAUACUGGAGAGAAACCUUACAAAUGUAAUGAGUGUGGCAAAGCCUUUAACCAGUGUUCGAACCUCACUAGACAUCAGAGAGUCCAUACAGGAGAGAAACCAUAUAAAUGUAACAUAUGUGGCAAGGUCUGUAGUCAAAAUUCAAACCUUGCAAAUCAUCAGAGAAUGCAUACUGGAGAGAAACCUUACAAAUGUAAUGAAUGUGGUAAGGCCUUUAUCCAACGUUCACACCUUUGGAGUCAUGAGAGAAUUCAUACUGGAGAGAAACCUUACAAAUGUAAUGAAUGCAGCAAAGCCUUUGCUGAACGUUCAGGCCUUACUCAGCAUAAGAAGAUCCAUACCGGAGAGAAACCUUACAAAUGUAAUGAGUGUGGCAAAGCUUUUAAGCAGUGCUCACACCUCAUUAGACAUCAGAAUACACAUCCUGGAGAGAAACCACACAAAUGUAAUGUAUGUGGCAAGGCCUUUAUCCAAAGCUCUAGCCUUAUAGAACAUCAGAGAAUUCAUACAGGAGAAAAACCUUAUAAAUGUAAUAAAUGUGAUAAGGCUUUUAUCAGACGGUCACACCUAUGGGGUCAUGAGAGAACUCAUACUGGAGAGAAACCUUAUGAAUGUAUUGAGUGUGGCAAAGCCUUUGCUGAGCGUUCAAAUCUUACUCAACAUAGAAAAAUCCAUACUGGAGAGAAACCUUAUACAUGUAAUGAGUGUGGCAAAGCUUUUACCCAAUUUGCAAACCUUACUAGGCAUCAGAAAAUACACACUGGAGAGAAACCACACAAAUGUGAUGUUUGUGACAAGGCUUUUAUCCAAAGUUCAAGCCUUAUGGAACAUCAAAGAAUUCACACAGGAGAAAAACCUUAUAAAUGUAAUAAAUGUGAUAAGGCUUUUAUUAAACGUUCUCACCUUUGGGGUCAUGAGAGAACUCAUACUGGAGAGAAACCUUAUAAAUGUAAUGAGUGUGGCAAAGCCUUUACGGAGCGUUCACAUCUUACUCAGCAUAAGAAAAUCCACACUGGAGAGAAACCUUAUACAUGUAAUGAGUGUGGCAAAGCUUUUACCCAGUUUGCAAAACUUAACAGGCAUCAGAAAAUACAUGGUGAAAAGAAACAUUAUAAAUCUAGUAUGUGUGGCAGUGGUUUUAUUCAAAGCUCAAGCUUUGGGGAUCAUCAAAGAACUCACAGUAGAAAGAAACCUUACAAAUAAAAUGAUUAAGCAAGUGUUCAAGCCUUAUUCAACAUCAGAAUUCCAUUAUGGAGAGGAACCAUAUGAAACUCAUGUGGC